AUGAUGCUGAAGAUGCUGUCCUUUAAGCUGCUGCUGUUGGCCGUGGCUCUGGGCUUCUUUGAAGGAGAUGCUAAGUUUGGGGAAAGAAGCGAAGGGAGCGGAGUGAGGAGGAGAAGGUGCCUGAACGGGAACCCCCCGAAGCGCCUGAAAAAGAAAGAUAGGCGGAUGAUGUCCCAGCCGGAACUGCUGAGUGGGGGAGAGAUGCUGUGUGGCGGCUUCUACCCUCGACUGUCCUGCUGCUUGCGGAGUGACAGCCCCGGGCUGGGGCGCCUGGACAGCAAGAUAUUUUCUGUUACCAACAACACAGAAUGCGGGAAGUUACUGGAGGAAAUCAAGUGUGCCGUUUGUUCUCCACAUUCUCAGAGCCUGUUCUACUCACCUGAGAGAGAAGCCUUGGAAAGAGAUCUGGUACUUCCCUUCCUCUGCAAAGACUAUUGCAAAGAAUUCUUUUAUACUUGCCGAGGCCAUAUUCCAGGUUUACUUCAAACUACUGCUGAUGAGUUUUGCUUUUACUAUGCAAGAAAAGAUGGUGGCCUGUGCUUUCCUGAUUUUCCAAGAAAACAAAUCAGAGGACCAGCCUCUAACUACUUGGACCAGAUGGAAGAAUAUGACAAAGUGGAAGAGAUCAGCAGAAAGCACAAACACAACUGCUUCUGUAUCCAGGAGGUUGUGAGUGGGCUGCGCCAGCCUGUCAGCGCCCUACAUAGUGGGGAUGGCUCCCACCGCCUCUUCAUUCUGGAAAAAGAAGGUUACGUGAAGAUACUUACCCCCGAAGGAGAAAUUUUCAAGGAGCCUUAUUUGGACAUUCACAAACUUGUUCAGAGUGGAAUAAAGGGAGGAGAUGAAAGAGGACUGCUAAGCCUUGCAUUCCAUCCCAAUUACAAGAAAAAUGGAAAGCUAUAUGUGUCUUAUACCACCAACCAAGAACGGUGGGCUAUGGGGCCUCAUGAUCAUAUUCUUAGAGUUGUGGAAUACACAGUAUCCAGGAAAAACCCCCAUCAAGUUGAUUUACGAACAGCCAGAGUAUUUCUUGAAGUCGCUGAACUCCACAGAAAGCACCUGGGAGGACAGCUGCUCUUCGGGCCUGACGGCUUUCUGUACAUCAUCCUCGGUGAUGGGAUGAUCACAUUGGAUGAUAUGGAAGAAAUGGAUGGAUUAAGCGACUUCACAGGUUCUGUGCUCCGGCUGGACGUGGAUACUGACAUGUGCCACGCACCGUACUCCAUACCCAGGAGCAACCCGCACUUCAACAGCACCAACCAGCCCCCUGAAGUGUUUGCUCACGGCCUCCAUGAUCCAGGCAGAUGCGCUGUGGAUCGACACCCCACUGAUAUAAACAUCAAUUUAACAAUACUUUGUUCAGACUCCAAUGGAAAGAACAGCUCAUCGGCCAGAAUCCUACAGAUCAUAAAGGGGAAAGAUUAUGAAAGUGAGCCAUCACUUUUAGAAUUCAAGCCAUUCAGUAAUGGUCCUUUGGUUGGUGGAUUUGUUUACCGAGGCUGCCAGUCAGAAAGACUCUAUGGAAGCUACGUGUUUGGAGAUCGUAAUGGGAAUUUCUUAACCCUCCAGCAAAGUCCUGUGAGCAAGCAAUGGCAAGAAAAGCCACUCUGUCUUGGCAAUGGUGGUUCCUGUAGAGGCUACUUUUCAGGUCACAUUUUGGGAUUUGGAGAAGACGAAUUAGGUGAAGUUUACAUUCUGUCGAGUAGUAAAAGUAUGACCCAGACUCACAAUGGAAAACUCUACAAAAUUAUCGAUCCCAAAAGACCUCUGAUGCCUGAGGAAUGCAGGGCCGUGGUCCAGCCCGCCCAGACCCUAACAUCUGAGUGCUCCCGGCUCUGUCGGAAUGGCUACUGCACUCCUACUGGAACGUGCUGCUGCAGUCCUGGCUGGGAAGGGGACUUCUGCAGAAUCGCAAAAUGUGAGCCAGCGUGUUGCCACGGUGGUGUCUGUGUUAGACCCAACAAGUGCCUCUGUAAAAAAGGAUAUCUUGGUGCUCAGUGUGAACAAGUGGACAGAAACCUCCGCAGAGUGACCAGGGCAGGUAUUCUUGAUCAGAUCAUUGACAUGACAUCUUAUUUGCUGGAUCUAACAAGUUACAUUGUAUAG